AUGCUGCAGAGCCCGGGGCGCCCCCGGGCCGCGCCGCCGCCCCCCAAAACCCCGUUCCACAUCGAAGCGCUGCUCGCCCGGGAGCCGCCGCGCCGCGGCCCCGCCGCAGGGAGCCCCGGGCUGCUGCUGGCCCCGCGCUGGCCCCCGGCCGGACCCGCACCCGCGGCAGCGCCGAGUCUGGAGCUGUCUCACUGUGCUGGGACCAACUCUCUGGGUCCUGCUGGGCCCUGGAGGUCGGGGGGGCCCUGCAAGAUGAAGAGAGUGCGCACAGUGUUCAAACCAGAGCAGCUGGAGAGGCUGGAGCAGGAGUUCCUCAAGCAGCAGUACAUGGUGGGCACGGAGAGGGUGGACCUGGCUGCAACCCUGCACCUCACAGAGACCCAGGUCAAAGUCUGGUUCCAGAACAGGAGGAUCAAGUGGAGGAAGCAGAGCAUGGAGCAGAAGGCAGCAAAGCUGUCUCAGUUUGGGGUGAUCCAGCCUGCCAGUGCUGACUCCACAGACAGCAAGGAGCACGAGGAGGACACUGUGGACGUGGAGCUUUGA